UCUCUCUCUCUUGCCAUGGCCUACCGCGGAGGCGGAGGCCGGGGAGGCCGCGGCGACCAGCAGCAGUACGGCAGAGGGCGUGGCGGCGCGCCGGCGGGAGGCCGCUUCGUGUGGCCGCCUCCGGGCGCGCCCUCGUCGGCGCCGCGCCCCGUCGCGCCGGCGCCCUACGCGCCCGCUGUCGCCGUCUACCACAACCCGAACGCCACGGGGCCUCACCAGGGUGUCUACCAGCACGGCGUCGUCUACCGCGGCCCCGCGCCGCCCGUCUCCUCCACGCCGGUCACCAUCCGCGCGCCCUCGCCCACGCCGGCCACCGUCCGCGCGCCUUCUCCGACCGCGCCCCCGUUCCUGCCGGCCCGCGUCUCGGCACCUGCACCGACCCCCGCCGCCGUCGCCAAGGAGCUGGAGCAGAAGCUCUUCGUCACCGAGACCGCGCUGGCGCCACCCGCCGCCGCGGCCGCGGCGGCCGUCGCGGCUGCACAGGUGGACCAGCUCGAGGAGGAGAAGGCCCCCGAGGUGGACCUGGCGCCGGUCUCCAAGAAGGGGCUCGCACACCCCGCGCGCCCCGGCGCCGGCACCGUCGGCAAGAAGGUGAUGAUCCGCGCCAACCACUUCCUCGUCAACGUCGCCGACAACAACCUCUUCCACUACGAUGUUUCCAUUAACCCGGAGUCAAAAUCAAGAGCUGUCAACAGGGAGGUGCUCAGCGAGCUAAUCAAGGUGCACGGCAAGACAUCCCUUGGCGGCAAAUUGCCUGCCUACGAUGGAAGAAAGAGCCUUUACACCGCAGGCUCACUUCCUUUCGAGUCAGAGGAGUUCUCGGUUACACUGGUUGAUCCGGAAAAGAAAGACAAAGAAAGGGCUGAAAGGGAAUACAAGAUCACCAUUAGAAUUGCUGGGAGGACAGACCUGUACCACCUCCAGCAGUUCCUCAAAGGAAGGCAGAGGGAUAUGCCUCAAGAAACCAUACAAGUGCUUGAUGUUGUCCUCAGGGAGUCACCAUCCUGGAACUAUGUCACAGUGUCCAGAUCAUUCUUCUCAACCACUUUUGGUCACAGAGGAGACAUUGGUGAAGGUUUGGAGUGCUGGAGAGGUUACUACCAGAGCUUACGCCCAACACAGAUGGGCCUUUCGCUCAAUAUUGAUAUCUCUGCAACAUCCUUCUUCAAGCCUGUCACGGUGGUCCAAUUUGUGCUAGAGUUCCUCAACUUACGUGAUGCCUCGCGACCUCUGACAGAUAGGGACCGUGUCAAGAUAAAGAAAGCACUCCGUGGGGUGCGUGUUGAAACAAACCACCAAGAAGAUCAAAUCAGAAGAUACAAGAUAACGGGGAUCACUCCUAUUCCCAUGAGCCAGCUCAUAUUUCCUGUUGAUGAGAGAGGAACAAGAAUGUCAGUUGUUCAGUACUUCAAGCAAAGAUAUGACUACAAUCUGAAGUACACUACUUGGCCCUGCCUGCAGUCUGGAAGUGAUGCUCGGCCUGUAUAUUUGCCUAUGGAGGCGUGCAAGAUUGUUGAAGGGCAAAGGUACUCUAAGAAAUUGAAUGACAAGCAGGUCACUAACAUACUUAGAGCUACCUGUCAACGUCCCCAGCAGAGGGAGCAAAGCAUUCGUGAGAUGGUUCUGCACAACAAGUAUGCCGAGGACAAGUUUGCUCAGGAGUUUGGAAUCAAGGUCUGCAGUGACCUUGUCGCUGUUCCAGCCCGUGUGCUGCCUCCCCCCAUGUUGAGAUAUCAUGAUUCUGGAAAGGAGAAAACCUGUGCGCCAAGUGUUGGGCAAUGGAACAUGAUUAACAAGAAAAUGAUUAAUGGAGGAAUCAUAGAUAACUGGGCUUGUGUGAGUUUUUCACGCAUGCGUCCUGAGGAGGUACACAGGUUCUGUUGUGAUCUGAUUCAGAUGUGCAAUAUGGCUGGAAUGUCUGUCAAUCCAAGGCCACUUGUAGACAACCGAUCAGCUAACCCCAACCACAUCGAGAAUGCUUUGAGGGAUGUGUGCAGGAGGACUACCGAAAUGCUAAACAAACAAGGAGACAAGAAACAGUUGCAACUGUUAAUCGUAAUCCUACCUGAAGUCAGUGGUUCUUAUGGGAAAAUCAAGAAGGUUUGCGAGACUGAUCUUGGGAUCGUGUCUCAGUGUUGCCUGCCAAGGCAUGCUAUGAGACCGAACAAGCAAUAUCUGGAGAAUGUUGCACUCAAAAUCAAUGUGAAGGUCGGAGGACGCAACACGGUCCUGGAGAGAGCUUUUGUGCGAAAUGGCAUACCGUUUGUGUCUGAAGUCCCAACAAUCAUCUUUGGUGCUGAUGUUACACACCCCCCACCUGGAGAGGACUCUGCAUCAUCUAUUGCUGCGGUGGUGGCAUCAAUGGACUGGCCAGAGAUCACCAAGUACAGAGGUCUUGUCUCUGCUCAACCACACAGGCAGGAGAUAAUCGAAGACCUCUUCAGUGUCACCAAAGAUCCACAGAGGGGUGAUGUCAAUGGUGGCAUGAUCAGGGAGUUACUGAUUGCGUUCCGCAGGAAGACAGGCCGGAGGCCUGAGAGGAUAUUGUUCUACAGGGAUGGUGUGAGUGAAGGCCAAUUCAGCCAUGUCCUGCUUCAUGAAAUGGACGCAAUCAGGAAGGCCUGUGCCUCUUUGGAGGAGGGGUAUAUGCCCCCAGUCACCUUCGUCGUUGUCCAGAAAAGGCAUCACACGAGGCUGUUCCCUGAGGUUCAUGGGAGGCGUGAAAUGACUGACAAGAGUGGGAACAUACUUCCAGGAACUGUGGUUGACCUCAUGAUUUGCCACCCAACAGAGUUUGAUUUCUACUUGUGCAGCCAUGCUGGCAUUCAGGGAACUAGCAGGCCGACUCAUUACCAUGUUCUUUAUGAUGAGAAUCACUUCACAGCCGACGCUCUUCAGUCACUGACCAACAAUCUCUGCUACACCUAUGCUCGUUGCACUCGUGCGGUCUCAGUUGUCCCACCGGCGUACUAUGCCCAUCUCGCGGCAUUCCGUGCACGCUACUACGUGGAAGGGGACAGCUCGGACGGCGGGUCGACCCCCGGGAGCAGCGGGCAGGCGGCGAUUGCGCGGGAUGGCCCUGUGGAGGUGCGCCAGCUCCCAAAGAUCAAGGAGAACGUCAAGGACGUGAUGUUCUACUGCUGAGCUCCUGUUGAGCUGUUCCUUGUGCGUACCCUGAGUUUGUUCUUCGUGAGAGAGAGAGAGAGAGAGAGAGACCGAGAUGGCUAUGACUCUGUUUUGGCGACUUGGCCGUGGAGCCUGUUGCUCGUAGUGCUAGUAUUAUCUUAGAGUACCAUUUUGAAGUUGCCAGGAUACCUAUCUAUGACUGACCCUUUGUUACCUUCAGCUUAUUUGAGACUUAUCCAAUGCAAGUGCUUCAAGUUA